AUGGAGGCCAUGAACCCACGGACCGAGCCGAGAUGCAGGACGCUCAGCAUACAUGUUGUGACGUGGAACGUGGCCUCUGCAGCACCUCCUCCAGACCUCAGUGAUCUGCUUCAGCUGAGCAACCUGAACCUGAAUCUGGACAUAUAUGUCAUUGGUUUGCAGGAACUGAACUGUGGGAUCAUGAGCCUCCUUUCUGACACUGCCUUUGAAGACCCAUGGAGCAGUUACUUCAUGGACGUGCUUUCCCCUCUGAGCUUCGUCAAGGUCUCCAGUGUCCGCAUGCAAGGGCUCCUCUUACUGAUCUUUGCCAAGUACCAGCAUUUGCCGUUUAUCCAGGUCCUGUCUACUAAAUCCACCCCUACCGGCCUCUUUGGGUACUGGGGGAACAAAGGGGGUGUCAACAUCUUUCUGAAGCUUUACGGCUACUAUGUCAGCAUCAUCAACUGCCACCUGCCCCCCCACAUGGCCAACAAUGACCAGCGGCUGGAGCACUUUGAUCGGAUCCUGGAGAUGCAGAAUUUUGAGGCACAGGAUAUCCCCAACAUCCUGGACCAUGACCUCAUUCUCUGGUUUGGAGACAUGAACUUUCGGAUCGAGGACUUCGGGUUGCACUUUGUUCGAGAAUCAGUAAGAAAUCAGCGCUACAGUGACCUAUGGGAGAAGGAUCAGCUCAGCAUCGCCAAGAGACACGACCCACUGCUCCGGGAAUUCCAGGAGGGCUCCCUGCUCUUCCCGCCCACCUACAAGUUUGAUAAGAACUCCAACAACUAUGACACCAGUGAGAAAAAGCGCAAGCCUGCUUGGACCGAUCGCAUCCUUUGGAGGCUCAAGCGGCAGUCCCAGACCAACUCCCACACCCCUGCGCUCCCGGCCCCCUUCGCCCUGUCGCUGAGGAGCUAUGUCAGCCACAUGGUGUACACCGUCAGUGACCACAAGCCCGUCACCUGCACCUUUGACUUGGAGCUGAAGCCCUUGGUGUCUGUCCCGCUGAUCGCCCUGCUGCCCGAGGUCCCGUGCACCAUGGAGAGCGACAUGCUGAUCAGCUACUCCCUGACCACAGACUUCCUCAGCAGCCCCUGGGACUGGAUUGGCCUGUACAAGGUGGGGCUGCGCCACAUUAAUGACUACGUCUCCUAUGUCUGGGUCAGGGACAACCAGGUCUCCUUCAGUGACAGGCUGAACCAGGUAUACAUCAACAUCAGCGACAUCCCUGAGACUGAGGAUCCAUUUCUCCUUUUUUACUAUAGCAACAACUUACAUUCUGUGGUGGGGAUAAGCAAACCCUUCAAGAUCCAGCCUUUCUCCUUCCUGGAGGAGGACCCACUGGAUGAAGCCCAGCCACAGAUCUGA